UCAAAAAAAAAAAGGAACGGAGCAGCUGGGCGUGACCUCGGUGGUGGGCCCACGUUGUCAUACGGACCGUACGGUGGACGACGGGACGGGACGGGACGGAGGCGGCCGGCGUGGAGAGAGAAAGAGGAGCAGCCAAGCCAAGCCAAGCCCAAGCCAAGCAGGGGGAGGAGGAGGAGGAGGAAGGCGAUGGCGUCUGGUUGGGGCAUCAACGGGAACAAGGGUCGUUGCUACGACUUCUGGCUGGACUUCAGCGAGUGCAUGAGCCGCUGCCGCCAGCCCUCCGACUGCGCCCUCCUCCGCGAGGACUACCUCGAAUGCCUCCACCACUCCAAGGAGUUCCAGCGCAGGAACCGAAUCUACAAGGAGGAGCAACGUCAGAUAAGAGCUGCUGCUCGCAAGGCCAAGGAGGAAGCUGAGGGAGCCCCUGCUGUUGCAGCCCACCAUUAGUCUCCCUCUUAUUUUUUCCUGUGUGCUCUUGUUUUCUGUCAACUUAUCUUGGUUCGGCCAUGAUGCUAAGAGCAAGACAAUAUUCUUCCUUCUUUCUGUUGGACCACACAGACUUUUUUUCCCAGCUCACUCCUUGACUUGUUCUAAAUCAAUACAUCAGUUAAACCUUCAUGGUCAUGAAGUUUCUGUUUGUUUGGGAUAUUGAGCAAUAAUGGUGCUUGAUUCAAGCGUCAAA